AUGCCCUUCCUUCCUCUACUCUGUCUCUCACGCACAGCACACACGUACUGGCUCUGCUUUCCAGUAUUUCUUUCUUCGGACCGGAUUCUCUGCCGAAUUCCGACCCGAUCAGGAGCCCCUGCCAUGUCCGCCAUUGCCGCUGCUGCUACUCUCUCUCUCCCAAUCACCCUGUGCCGUUCUUCCAAGCUUAACGGCAAAAGGGAAUUCAGAGGUGGUCUGAGGGUAUUUGCAAUAAUUGGGGAUGAAGGAGGAUUGGCAGGACGAAAGAAUCCAUGGACAUCACUUUUUGAUGUGGAAGAUCCCAGGAAUAAAGUCCCUCAGUAUAAAGGGAAGUUCCUGGACAUAUAUCAAGCUUUAGAAUUGGCUCGAUUUGAUAUACAAUACUGUGAUUGGAAGGCUCGGCAGGACGUUCUCCAAAUCAUGCUUCUGCAUGAAAAGGUUGUGGAGGUAUUAAACCCUCUUGCUCGUGAAUUCAAAUCAAUAGGAACUCUUAAGAAGGACCUCGCAGGGCUGCAGGAGGAAUUGACACAAGCCCACAAUCAGGUUCACAUAUCAGAAGCAAGAGUUUCUGCUGCUCUAGACAAGUUAGCUUUCAUGGAAACAUUGGUUAAUGAUAAGAUAUUGCAAGAAAGAAAUGUAACAGAAUCCGAUGUGCCAACGCCAAUACCAAGUACUUCCAGAGACUUGGGGGCCAAUUUGAAGAGCAGACAGCCAACAAAAAGAUUGAAUGUUUCUGGCCCUGUUCGGUCCUACAGUGCUCGUUUGAAGAAUUUUUGGUAUCCUGUUGCCUUCUCUGCAGACCUCAAGGAUGAUACCAUGGUUCCAAUGGACUGCUUUGAGCAGCCUUGGGUCCUGUUUCGAGGGAAAGAUGGCAAACCCGGAUGUGUGCAGAAUACAUGUGCUCAUCGAGCCUGCCCUCUUCAUCUGGGUUCAGUUAAUGAGGGUCGAAUUCAGUGCCCUUAUCAUGGGUGGGAAUAUUCAGCUGAUGGGAAAUGUGAGAAAAUGCCUUCAACUAAAUUUCGAAACGUGAAGAUCCGGGCAUUGCCAUGCUUUGAGCAAGAAGGAAUGGUAUGGAUCUGGCCUGGAGAUGAUCCUCCAGCCCCAAACCUUCCUUCCUUGCUUCCACCGGCAGGGUUUCAAAUACAUGCUGAGAUUGUGAUGGAACUUCCUGUAGAACACGGACUACUACUCGACAAUCUUCUAGAUCUUGCGCAUGCACCUUUUACUCACACUUCCACAUUCGCCAAGGGAUGGAGCGUUCCCAGUUUGGUGAAAUUCCUGACACCUGGUGCUGGUCUUCAAGGCUACUGGGAUCCCUACCCUAUAGACAUGGAAUUCCGACCACCAUGUAUGGUGCUGUCGACAAUUGGGAUCUCAAAGCCGGGGAAAUUGAAAGGGCAGAGCACAAGAGAGUGUUCAACACAUCUUCACCAACUACAUGUUUGCUUACCUUCGUCGAGGCAGAAGACAAGAUUGCUGUACAGAAUGUCGCUUGACUUUGCUCCAAUACUGAAGCAUGUGCCUUUCAUGAAAUAUCUGUGGCGACAUUUUGCUGAUAAGGUUUUGAACGAGGAUCUCCGGCUUGUAAUAGGGCAACAAGAGCGCAUGCUCAACGGUGCAAAUGUGUGGAACUCUCCGGUAUCCUAUGAUAAGCUUGGGGUUAGAUACAGGCUGUGGAGAGAUUCAGUGGAGAGCGGAGGAUCAAAGAAAAUACCCUUCACCGAAUGAUAACCUCUCUACUCCAUCGGUGACGUUCUGUUCUUCGUUUCCGGUGGAUAAGAUAUUUAUGAGAAGAUGAUCAGGUUCUCUCUCUCAUGGCUCACUGUUAAUUCACUGAUCAUCAUCCGACGACGAAAGUAGUUAUCAUCGUCAAUUUGGUGUUAGAAGAAUGUUUAGUAGGAGACUAGUUGUAGAAGAAAAUGGUUGGUGGAAAGGAAAUGGAAAUGGAAAUGGAAACAGAAACAGAAAGACGCAGCUGCUAGGUACCCCAUCUGACUUCUCUUUCUUUCUUUCUCUUUUGGCUGGAAAUUUUGUGUACAGAGGGACAGAAGACGCCAAAGUUGGUGAACGGAGGCAGCCGCAGCGGUAAAUAUGUCGUGAUGAUUCCAUGCCCUUCCCUUCUGAUCUCCCUCUCCCUUGCAUCUUCCAUCAAUAUAAGUAUAUCCUAAAGGCCCGCCGUGUGGUUGAUUAUUAAUUUUGUAGUACAUCAAAAUAAUAGGCCUGUUAAUGAAUUAUUUGAUAAUCAUAUUUCCAUAGUUGUUGAAUUGGAAA